UCGUCGUCAUUUCGUAUUACGCCGGUCGAGAGUACAGCUGUUUUGCUAUAAGCAAAUACAUACAAUGUUCAGAAAUGUACAAAUAUAAAUUUUGACGCGUGAAUUUUCGUUGUUUUUUUUUUUGUGUAAUACUUCGUGCAAAGUUAAAUAUUUUAGAAAUUUUUGUAAAUAGGUUAAUAAAUAUUGCUCUGCAAUCUUAUGUAAAAGUGUUAUUGUAUUAGUUCCUAACUUGUGCACCCAAACGUUUUCGAAUACUUCGUUAUCAGUAGUACUGACAUUAAAAACUCACACCAUGCGGCUACCAACGCUCAGUGCAUUCUCGGCUUUUCGCCAAACACUAGUCCAACAAGUUCAAAACACAAACGGUGGCGGGGCAUCUCUUCUACUGCAACAAUAUCGACUGAAGCAUAGUGGCUCCAAUAGAAUGGUUUCCCCAGCGCCCUUCACAAAAGAUUUCUUCUUCCGCCAGCUCUUCGACGAGGCCACCUGGACCUACAGUUAUCUCCUCGCCGAUUUGAACACAAAAGAAGCGGUCAUUAUUGAUCCAGUGUUGGAAAAGGCGAAACGUGAUGCAAAUCUUGUUAAGGAGCUGGGUUUUACGCUUAAAUAUGCAAUGAACACCCACAUGCAUGCAGAUCAUAUCACCGGCACCGCUUGGCUCAAGCAAUUGUUACCCGGCAGCAAAUCGGUGAUUGCCAAAGCGAGUGGUGCCAAGGCCGACAUCCACCUGGACGAAG